AUGCUCGUGUCCACCAUCCCAAUCCUCCUGCUCGCGGCAGCCAAGGGCGCCCACGCCGUGGGUUGCGCGACGCACACGUUUGGCCACUGUGAGGAUGGCAUAACGCACUGGUACGAUCCCGAUGAUGGUCAGAUCUGUGACCCGCUCGACUGCGGCGGCGGCCGCGCGCCCCCCAAGACCACCAACCCGUGCUGCGGCGCGUACAAGGGCACGGCGACGUGCGACCCCAACCCGGCCCCGUCCUACAUGCCGUGCUUCACGACGGCGACGGCGGCGCCCACCACCACCUCCCCCACCACGGUCGCCACCGCGGGGACCCCGUCGACCACGGGCACAACCAGCACCACGGCCACCACGGGGACCACCAGCACCACGGGGACUACGGGCACCACCAGCACCACAGGGACCACCGGCACUACCAGCACCACCGGCACCGGCAUCACGCAGGCGCCCACGCCCGAGGGCUCGACCAGCCGGCCCAUCGGGAGCAGCAGCAGCGGCAGCGGCAGCGACGGCGCGGCCAGCUCCAGCUCGGGCUCGGGCUCUAGUUCUGGAUCCGGCGCCAACGCCAGCUCCACCCCCUCGCCGACGGCCAACGCGGCAGCGGGUGGCGUCCCGCGCGGCUCGUGGAUGGCGGUCGCGGGACUGGUGGUCGGCGGUGCUGCCGUGCUGGCCUAG